AUGCAAUCCACCAUGGGCGGAAAGGACCCUCUUCCGCCGACUAUGCCAGCCAAAGACCCGCAUGAGCAACGAGAGUCGUAUCCUCACUACGAUUCCAGCCACCAAUCUGCGAGGGAUUUGAUCGAUAAGCGUCGCCUCCGCAGAGCUGGUACAAUAGUUGCCGCAAGCAAUGCCACGGCCAGGCUGGAAGAGCAGGCUGAAGAUAGAGUGCAGUGUGGUGGGCUGCGACCUAAGAGCAGCAGCCUCAUAGUUGCCGUACUACCCCGUGACCGCCAUCCCUAG